ACCUCCUGCAAAAUCUCUCUUUGCAAAUUGCGUGUUUUUUUUCCCUCUUUCUUUCUUAUAUCCAUUUAUCCAAACACCACCAUAUCUUUCGCUCUUCAAAAAAACUUCUUAAUUUUCACCUUUUUUUUUUUAAAUUUUUUUUGGCUUAAUUUCUCUGUAUUUAAUUAAUUCCCAUUUUUCUCUUGCCAAAGUCAAAAGCAAAUUAUGAUGGAGAGCAUGGAAAAUCCUCUGCACCUCAAGUCCUUGAAUCAUAUUUCAUUAGUUUGUAGAUCAGUUGAGAAAUCUCUUACUUUCUACAAGACUGUUCUUGGAUUCUUCCCCAUUCGCAGGCCUGGCUCUUUUAACUUCAAUGGUGCUUGGUUGUUCAAUUACGGCAUUGGAAUACAUCUCCUCCAAUCUGAAGACCCUGAGAAGAUGAGGAAGAUCAGCCAGAUUAACCCAAAAGACACCCACAUCUCUUUCCAGUGUGAGAGCAUGGAAACAGUGGAGAAGAAACUGAAGGAGAUGGAGAUAGAGUACGUGAAGUGCAGGGUAGAGGAAGGUGGAAUCUACAUUGAUCAGCUUUUCUUCCACGACCCAGAUGGAUCAAUGAUCGAGAUUUGCAAUUGUGAUAACCUCCCCGUGAUCCCAUUGGUUGAUGACUCAGUCAGACUCUGCUCCAGAAUCAAUUGCAAUGUCCACCAGCAGCAGCAGAUUUUAAACCACCACCAGCAACAGCAGCAGCAGCAGUCUGUGACUUGUCUCCCGUCUCCCAAUAUUUCUGUCCAAGAAGAUUAUCUUCACUGUGCUUGAAAUUUGGAUCACAGAUUUUCAAAUAUUGGAAUUUUAUUUU